UCGUGAGCCCUGCCGAGCUCAGUCAGGCCUGGCGUGCUACAGGGCCAGCCGCCUUCCUUCUGCUCCCCUUUGGGGUGUGGGGCCACUGGCUGCAGGGCUUCUGGGCCCAGCCCACUGGACUGGGACCUUCAGGUUAUCUCCUCACUGCAGGCAGCCACCAGGAGCACACCCGGGGCCCCAAGGUGGGGGGCCUAGACCUAAGCCGUUGCAAAAGCCGAGCAGAAGCCUCACAUGGCCCACAGCCUCAGUGGCAUGAGGGUCCUCCAGCUGCUCUGUUUGGCCACAUUGGCCACCAGCAGCUCUCCCAAGGGCCAGGAAGAAGAAAUCUCCAUUGCCUACAAAGUCCUGGAGGUGUACCCCCAAAGCCGCCGAGUUCUCCUCACGUGCCACGCACCUCAGGCAUCUCCGCCCGUCACUUACUCCCUCUUUGCCAGCCAGGGCAUCUUGGUGUCUAAGAAGGUGGUGUGGACUCAGCAGCCGGCCUCCUUCAGCAUCAACGUCACACACAAGUCCAGCCCGGACCUGCUCUCCUACUUCUGCCAGGCAGUCUCCACCUCCGGCCUGCAGUGGCUCAGCACCCAGCUGCAGAUGUACUGGGAACUGUGGGCCAAGCCGGUGACCCAGCUGCAGGCUAAUGUCACCUUGCACGAUGGAGGGUCAAGCCCCCAGGCAGAGAUGUCCUGCUGGGCACCUUCGGGCAGUCCACCCAUCACCUAUCGCCUGGUCAGCAAGGAUGGGCAGGUCCACAUGCAGAAGACUCCGCCCCAUGGGCAGCCCGCCAACUUCUCUAUCCCGCCGUCCCCCAUGCCGGGAUGGUUCCAGUGCCAGGCUGAAAACAGCAUCAGUGUCCAGAGCAGCACCCUCAUGCUGGUGCCUCCAGGGGAGCUGCCCCAGGGAGCUGCACUUGUGCUGGCCGGAAGCCUCAUCUCCAUCGCAGCUAUGACCUCCGGGAUGCUGGGCUGGACAAGGUUGUGACUGGAAGAUGCUGGUUUGUGGAAUCCACUCCAGCCUGGCCUUGCCCUUGAGCCCUGAGGAAGGCAGAAGGACCCUCCACCAGGAUGAAGAGGUGCCUCGGGCAGGAGAGAAGGGGAGAGGUGACCUGAGCAGCACGGCAGCACGGGUGUGGGAGGCGGGAGUCUUCGGGGAUGUUGGUGGGGGACUUGUCCUGUGUGUGUGUGUGGGGGGGACUCCUGCUAACCAGGUAGCUUUCUGCUGCUGUUGCUAUGGAAACAAAAAAUUGGGUAACUGGGAUAAGGGUCAUGUUUGCUGGCUUCACUGAAGGAAACUUUUUAUGUGUGUAUCUAAUAACAGUAAGUUGUAUAUCUUAAACAUACACAAUAACAUUUAUUUUUAGCUGUGUAUCCUGGGGUAUGCCUGUAAUCCCAGAACUAGGGAGGCUGAGGCAGAAGGAUCGCCAGUUCAGGGCUAGCCAGGACGACAUGAGGCCAAGGCCAGGCUAGACUACCUAGUGAGACUGUUCCAAGAACACAAAACAAACAAAAAGAAGAAGAAAGAGAAGGACAAGGGGAAAAAGAAAAGGAAAAAGAGCAAGGGAAGCAGAGAGAUGGAGAGUAAAAAUGUAAUUGAAAAUCUUA